UAACAUAGAGUAAUCUUUUAGUUUUCGCCAAUAAGUGAAUCAGAUAAGAUCCUGUGAACUAAAAUGAAAAAUAUUUAAGGAAUCAAAUAAUAGAAAAUGAUGGCUAAAAAGAAUAAUUUGUCAAUCGAGUUUUUCCUUUUGACUAUAUUAGAAAUCGUUUUAGUAACAGCGAAGAAAGAUAUACGCAGUCUUUCACUGCAAAUUUAUCCUUCUUGGGUAAGGCGUGGUGAAAGUAUACAAUUAUUUUGUAACUAUGACAUGGAAUCAAACCCUCUGUAUUCUGUCAAAUGGUAUAGAGGUACUUUGGAAUUUUAUAGGUAUUCGCCAUUUGAAAAUCCUCCAGAAAAAACUUUUCCAUAUUCUGGGAUAAAAGUUGAUUUAAGUGGCUCUAAUGCAACUCACGUUAUUUUGAGGAAUGUUGGAUUUAGUAUGUCGGGAAACUUUUCGUGUGAAGUAACCGCAGAUGCUCCGUCGUUUUACACAGCAACUGCCACUAGUAUGUUAACGGUUGUAGAUCUGCCCAGCAGUCCUCCUGUUUUAUGGACAUCUCAUAAGAGAUACAGCCCCGGAGAUUUGUUGUUUGCAAAUUGUUCUACCGCACCAUCUAAACCAUCUGCGACAUUAUCUUUUAAGCUAAAUGAUGUUCCGGUAGGUGAUACAGACACUGAACUUUAUUCAACAAAAGAUGGAUUACAAUGGGCAGUAAGAAGUUUAUACAUGCAAGUAUUGCCAUCUCAUUUCAAUAAUGGUAUGCUAUUAUUACAAUGUAAAGCUGAGAUAGGACAAGUUUAUUCUGAAACAACUGAUUUACAAUUGGGCUCUUCAAAAAUGGAUCCGAUUCCUGAAAGAGUACAUGCGGCAUAUCCUGGAUCAGGAUCGUCAAUAUUGAUACAAUAUGAGAAACAUAUUGCAUUUUUAUUAAUUGAUUAUUUUGUCAUUGCUUUUUUAAAUCUGCUAUUAUAAAAAAAAAAUAAUAAAUAAAAACUGUUUAUACCAAUUAAAUGUUGCAAAAAUAAUGGAAAAAUAGAAGAAGUUUUUUUUAUUUUAGGUUUAAAUAAAUACAUAGUUAUAUUGAGAUAACCUAGACGGACUAAA